CUUCCCUAUUACGUUUGAGAGAAAAGAAAGGAGGGCAGGCAGCAUUGAGACCGUUCACAUUAGUGUCAGAGACCUUAGGGAGAUUUCAGCCUUAGGGAUCGUACUUCUAAACCUUAUUGUCUUGGGGAAACGCACGGGAUAACCAUAUAUUUAAAGGGGGAGUCAAGAUGGCAGGUAUUCUAGCCUGGUUCUGGAAUGAAAGGUUUUGGCUGCCACACAAUGUAACCUGGGCAGAUCUGAAAAACACAGAAGAAGCUACCUUUCCACAAGCUGAGGAUCUUUAUUUGGCGUUGCCUCUGGCUUUGUGCAUUUUCAUGGUCCGUCUGGUUUUUGAAAGGUUCAUUGCAAAACCAUGUGCUUCGUGCCUUAAAAUCCAAUCAAGUGGACCACAGAAAGCUCAGCCUAAUGCCAUUUUAGAAAAAGUCUUCACUGCCAUCACUAAGCAUCCCGAUGAAAAGCGUCUGGAAGGCUUGUCAAAGCAGUUAGAUUGGGAUGUGCGCACCAUUAAGCAGUGGUUUCGGCAGCGAAGAAACCAGGAAAAGCCUAGUACCCUAACUAGGUUCUGUGAAAGCAUGUGGAGAUUUACUUUUUUCGUAUACAUUUUUACAUAUGGAUUCCAAUUCCUGAAAAAGGUGCCAUGGCUUUGGGACACAAAGCAGUGCUGGUACAACUAUCCUUAUCAGUCUCUUACCACAGAGCUGCAUUAUUAUUAUAUUGUAGAAUUGUCCUUCUACUGGUCCUUAAUGUUUUCACAGUUCACUGACAUCAAAAGAAAGGACUUUCUGAUCAUGUUCUUGCAUCAUAUUUCAACAGUUUCUCUAAUAUCAUUUUCUUAUGUAAACAAUAUGGUGCGGGUCGGAACCUUGGUCAUGUGCCUUCAUGAUGCAGCUGAUGGCCUGCUAGAGUCUGCAAAAAUGGCCAGCUAUGCCAAGUGUCACAGACUAUGUGAUGUCCUGUUUUUUGUAUUUGCAACUGCUUUCAUCUCUACCAGGCUUGUUGUAUUUCCUUUAUGGAUUUUAAAUACAACAUUAUUUGAAAGUUGGGAGAUCAUUGGUCCAUACCCAUCCUGGUGGGUGUUCAACUCCCUGUUGCUUCUUCUGCAAGUACUACACUGCUUUUGGUCAUAUCUAAUCUUAAAGAUUGCAUUUAAGUCAGUAUUUAAAGGAAAGGCUGGAAAGUGGAAUCCUUUGCAUGUGUUGAAGGAUGAUAGGAGUGACAUUGAAUAUAGUUCAGAGGAGGAGGAAGCCUCUCCUAGUCCUGUGAAAAGUUCACAUGUAUUGACAACCAAUGGGACCAACACGCUGGGGACCAAUGGCUACCUCACCGGCGGUACUUCCUCAGAAGAUUAGUUAUUCAGUUAUAAAGCACUUCAUGUGACAUGAACAAUGUUAACUGUUUGGCACUGGAAAUAUUUAAUAAAACUUAUGAAUGCAGUUUUAUCACAUACUGUAUCUCAGCAUCAGACAAACGUUUUAGGAAUUUACAAGCAUUUUGAUAGUGCACUGCCAUAUUUUCUGUAUGUGAAUGAAUGAAGAAUUACCAAUCAUUUUUAUGUAGGCAUGCUGUGUGUAUAUAUGUCGAAUCACAAAAUGAGAUCAGUAUUUUCAUAAGUACUGUCUUUGUAUAUUAUUUAUUUUUAUAAGUUUUAAGACUUGUGGACAAAAGGGAAUUGUUUCUCUCCUACUUUAUUUACUUUUGGAAGGGAGCUGGUUUAUGUGGUUCCGUUUGUUCAGUUGCUGAUACUUUUUUUCUUUUGAUUCAGUAGAUUUUCCCUGUACAAACUGGUACAGCUUAGCUUCAGCUACCAUAUUUGAGUUAUAGAUGCAUUAUUUGUUCAAGUGUUUUUCAUUAAUUGAAACCAUUUGCAGUAUAAACUUAACACUUAUUAUGGUGAUUACUGACAAUCACUGAGCAAACAGCAGUAUUUAUCCAUAUGAAACUACACUUAAAAGUCUGAAAAUGUUGAAGUUUAACAUGAAUUGUCUUCACUUGAUAUUUCCGAGAUAAAGUAUGGUAGAUCAUUAUGUGCUGGGAUUUUUGAAUCCAUAAUUGAAUGGCAAACAAUCUCUUUAUUUUUUAUCAAAUCUUAAUUUAGGUUGCAUACAUCAUAAUUUUUAUUUUGUUGCCUAAGUAUAAGAAUUGCAAAAAAAUAUUUAGGUUACUGGUGGCUUUUUUUUCUCAAAUAUUUUGUCUUGAGCAUGGUCAAUUUUGAUAGGUUGAAGAUUUUAGCUUUGAUGUUGUUGAAUCACCAGGUGUCAGGUAUGACUAACAGACUCCAAUAUAUUCUUCUGGCAAACAUUUCUUUCUCUUGCCAAAUUUGGCUGAGACUGCCCCAAGUAACUUCUCCACCCCCCCACAAUCUUAAGCCUGGAUAGAAGACAUGUACAGUACAUUUGUUUCUUUCUAAGAAUGGAGUAUUCCUGGUUUUAUGUAGCACUAUCACUUUAUAAUAACACACAGCUUGUCUGUUUAAUGGAGUCAUUGUGUCUCUGCAUCACCAAAUAUUUGGCAAUUUGUUCUCAUUAACUGUGCUUUUAAGUCGGAAAUUAUUCUCAUUAAUUUGCUUUUUUUUAGUGUAUGUCAAGAUAAGAAUUUUUUCCUGGCUUUUUUUUUCCAUUUUAAUUUCCUGCCUGAAGUAACUUGUUUAUUUUGACAUAUGUGCUCAGGAGACACUACUUCACCACUUGCAGAGUAUUGCUAGAAGUUCAUAAGAAAGACGCAACUUGCAAAAGAGAAAUGCACUGUUAAAUGUUCUUCACCCAGUGGCCAACUCCCCUCUAAUUGUCCCAGGAUCAAGGAACUACUGCUUGUUAGAAAAAGCAACUCCCUGCAUUGUCAAAAGAGAAAGAAAGCCCAGAAGAGUGACAUUUAAUAUGCCCUUUAAAGCUGUGUUUAUCAUCUGCAAAUUAAUUUUUUCCAUCUAUAUAUUUGCUACUUGUAUCCCCCUCCCCUGAUUGUAAUCUGCCAACAGAACGAAAAAAAAACAUAUAUAAACUCAUUUGAUAGACUGAAUGCAAAUGCACAGAUCUCUUACACAUUAUGAUAUACAUACAUAUAUGUACAGUGUCAAAAAUUAAUGAUUCACUUUAAUUUGAUAAUGUUUGUGUGUGUGCGCAUACAUAGUGUAAAGGUUAAGACAGUAAAUGGUUAGAUAUUGUUAUUUAUUAUUUUGUUAUCCUCAUUCCUCCCACUUGUUCCCUUUAGUCCCUUCUAGGACAACAAAAGAGGGAUACGAGAGCCAGUAAUCGUAGUUGUCAUCCAGUGCAAAUUAAAUUUUUUUGUAUCCCCAUAGUAGUGCCAUCACCACUGGCUGAGAACUCCGGUGCAGUGACUGCCAUGAGUCUAUAUGUCCACAUACCUGCAGUUGCACUUGUAAACCUUUGUCAUAUUCAUUCUUUCAUUUCCCCACUUCAGCAGAUGGCUGCUGUUGGUGCAUUUCAUUUAGCACUGAUGUGUCAAAGCUACUUUCCUUGAGGCCAUCCCAGUAGUGUGCACUCAUAGUAGAACAGCUAUCUCCAAAAUAGAACCACCUUCCUCAGAGCCAUCUCAGUAGUGGGCACUAAUGGGAGAACACCUCUCCCCAAGAUGGAACCACCUUCCUUGAGGCGACCUCAUGACCUCAGUAGUGAGCACUAAUGGUAAAACAGCUCUCUGGAAGAUGGAGCCACCUUCCUCAAGGCCAUCUCAGUAGUGGGCAUUAAUGGUAAAACAGCAGGCCCCAAGAUGGAAUUACCAUUCUCAAGGCCAUCUCAGUAGUGUGAACUAAUGGUAGAACACAUGACCCCAAGAUGGAACCAUCUUCCAAAAGGCUACCUCACUAGUGGGCACUAAUGGUAAAACAGCUCUGUGGAAGAUGGAGCCACCUUCCUCAAGGCCAUCUCAAUAGUGGACAUUAAUGGUAGAACAGCUGGCCAUAAGAUGGAACCAUUUUCUCAAGGCAGUCUCAGUAGAGGGCACUAAUGGUAUGACAGCUAGCCACAAGAGGGGAAGCACCUUCCUCGAGUCCAUCUUGAUAAUGGGCACUAAUAGUAAACAGUUUUCCCCAAACUAGAAGUCAAAUGGUUCUUUUCUUUCAGGGAGCUAGUCUAAUAAUGGAGUCUCACAAUAAUGAUGUUUGCAGCUGUCAGAAAAAAAGAGAACUAUUUUCCUUUGUACUCCAGUUUUUUUCUUGACAAUGUCAUUGAUCACCACAGUGUGCACAUUAUUGGUUUUAGAACAAUUCAGACCUUUUUUGCAAAUAACUGCACAUACACCCAGUGAAGAAAAAGCCAUCAGUGUCAUAAUAUGAAUGGUUAGCAUUAUUAAGAAGAGUUUACCUGAAAUAUAAGUGUAGUUUGUUUCCUUCCUAUAUCUGGCAUACUGAGCUUCUCAUUUUUCUUGAGCUUAGAAGAUAGGAGUUAUGCUCUGCCUUGAUUCUAGAAUACUGAGGACCAUCAGUGCAGAAUAAGGCAGACUUACAAAUUCCCUUUACUGGUUUAGUUUUCUACCUGUAAGAGCUUCAACACACACACACACACACACACACACACACACACACACACACACACACACACACACACACACGAUAAAAGUGGUAUAGCACACUCUUUUUACUCAUUUCAUCUAAGGAAAUAAAGGAAAGUUUGUGAACUGUUUGGUGUUGAAGCGGUUUCUGCUGCAUGAAAGACCUUUUUUAAGUGAGCAAGCUCUUCCUAUCUUCUAGGUUAAUUUCAACAUGGGCUGUCCUUCUAAGCCUUUUGUUUUUCUAGUCCCGCCAGGCAGUCCAGAGUUAUUGAGGUGUUCUGAAUCAUUAAUAAUGACACUUGCUAUGAUAAUUAAUAAGUCAUAUAGUGUCACCUUCAAGUGAAUGUUUCAUAGCAGAGACUGUAAAGAACACAUCUGUUCUUUUUUUUACCCAUCAAUUGUCUGCAUUAAGCAUCAUUUAGAAAUAAUAUUGAGGAAUAUUUAAGAAGAGGCCUGUGGUCGCGUGGGUUUCCGCUGGGUGCUCCUGUUUCCUCCCACAUCCCAAAGACAUGACGUAGGUGGAUUGGACACUCUAAAUUGGCCCUAGGCGUGAGUGUGUGCAUGUAUGUGCCUUCUGUAGAAGUUAGGGUGCUGGGCUGGCAAUUCGACACGCUAAAACUCUACUGCCAAUCGUUCUGCAUACCGUUGUUCCAUUGUGGUAACCCCUAACCAGGAAAAGCCAAAAGAAAAAGAUUUAAGAAGAUGCAGAACAUUUAUAGAAAGUUUUAUCUUUCUCUUAGUGUGGUUCAUUCUUCAGUUUCAGCAAGUGGCAGAGGGAGGGCCUUUUUCCCUUGAUGAUCUUUGAUAAUCUGAGUUUAAAAUGUCCCCAGUGAACAGGAAUAAUAAAAUCAGAGGGAUCUCCAGAACAUAUUAGUUUUGUGAAAGCUGCUAACAUUUGAAUACAUCCCUCACAAUUGCCCUUUGCCAGUUCUGUGAACUCCCCUUUUUUGCUUCCAUGCUGUUCUGACAGUGAGAGCACAACCUUUUACACUGAGUUUUAAUAAAACAGUCAAGUACUAUAGCUGCCAUUUCAUGAAUAGCAAGUUAGUGUAUGAAAAUGCAAGUCAUAUAUAGACCUUUAACCCAGGAAGCAAAUAAUUAAGCUUAGCUGCAAGAUAAAAGGAAAUAAUGGCCAUCAUGUUGGAGUUAGUGUCCUUAUUCUAUUUAUCAAGUAUCAGUUGCUGUCAAGUUGUCUUUGGAAAAAAAAGAUUUAAAAGGCUGCAUUCUCUUUUCUUGAAGUUCUGCAUUAAGAAAGCAUUGCACAAGCUUGUUCUACGUGUGUUGUAAGCACUGCGCAAAUGUUCUAACCAUUAUACAGAAUUCUGUUGAAACCAGUAUGUAAUUUAUUUUGUAACAUUGCUAAACUAAACUUAGUGUUGUAGUAUUCCUGCAAAGCAUUCAACAAUGUGCUUGUAUGGCUGAAAAGAUUAGCUUUAGUGCCCAAUGGAUGACUGAAAAAGCAAGGUUGUGUGUUGUCUUGCAUACUGAGAACAACCCAAGAUCAAAAUCAGCCCUAGAAAGGUGUCUUUAGGGGUCUUUCUCUGGAAACUAUCAUGCCCUACAACAGGCAAAAGCAAACAGUGUUCAAUAUCUUAACAGAGCUAAACUUUCCACUGUUACAUGUAUACUAUAACUGCAUGUGUGACUUAUUGCCAUGUCGACAACAUCUCAGCCUUCCUCAAAGAAGGUAAUACUUUCCUUUGGGUGCUUAGAUUAACAAAACUACCACUCUAAAUAGGGUGGGAUGCAUGCUAAGUAAAAGGCUGUGGUACCUCAGAAUAUUCUCCCUACUUCAAGGUGCUGUGAUCUCUUGAGUUAUAUGCUACUAGUAGAGAUUUGGGAGUGCAGGGAUUCAAGGCAAUACAAAUUGUUUUCAUUUUUGAGGGGACUUUGGGACAUGCAGUUUUGAGUCUCAUACAUGUGACAGUGUGCCUUCCUUUUAUGUUAGUUAAUGGAGAGCCAUUGGAACAAACCUUUGGACCUCACAGCUUUUACUUGAACAGAAUAAGAGAGUCUUUAGGCUCUUCCUUUUUCUCAGGUGAAGUUAUCUGAGUCCUUGUUAUAAUUAAAAAAGAUCAGCUCUCUGCUUCCAUACAAAUAGUUACAUGUAUUGACAGCUUAGCCUUUUCUGUCUGCUGCUAUACCCAAAUGUUUGACUGUACAGCGGACACAGUGAAUUCCCACCUCCAUAUCUGCACUUAUGUGGUGCACAGCCUUUCUAUCCAUUUCCAUUUAAGUUCCAUUUUCUAGAAAGUUCCUUCCAUGUCAUUAUUACCAUUUUAUUUGUUUACGUUAGGCCUACAUUUAUCCAAAGCUUUACAGUGCAGUAGUAUCUGCAUUGCAAAAAGCCAUGGUAUGUAUUUUGUUCUUUAAAUACCAGAUAUCUGCCAAGCACAUAACAGAAAUCAUGGCAGCUAAAAUAAAAGCCUUGCCCUAACUAAGUACAUUGCCAUUUUGGACAAACUUCAAAUUUCACACUUCCCACCAUCACUGCCAUUUACAGUCCUAGGUCUCAUUUACUCAAUGAGAAGAAAAGAUCUGUAACCAAGAUCCGCUUUGAAGGAUUGUGUGUUUGUGUUUGUCUUCUCCAUCAUCUGCCAUUCAUCAACGUUUUUCCAGAGGUUCAAAUGGCCAGGGACAAAUGGUUGCCCAUGAGGAUUGAUUUUUAUGGCAGCACACACAAUGCAAGCCCUAACUCCACUGACCACCAGAUCUUGCAUCUCUGUUUUUGUAGUCAGCGGUAAUAGUUCCUGGAUUCAUAUUUCCUUUUGGUUUUACUUUGAAGCAACUGAUGAAACACACAAGAAUCUUGCAGUGGUUGAUGGAAGAAAACUUUUUUGGGACUGAUGAAAAGUCUCACUCCAUAUUUCAUGGUAUGAUUGAGUUUAUUCAGUUGAAACUUAAUUCAGGAGAUUGUCUGGGGUCCCAGUUUUCUCAGAAGUAAUUUCACAUUUUGUGGCCUCCUAGUUCCUGAAUAUGGGGAGCAUAACCAAUUCUGAGCCUCCAUAUAAGUAGUAUGCAGGAGGAUAAGGAAAGAAGUGCCUUGGCUCCAGCUGUGGUGGGGGGAGUAUGCUGGGGGAGCAUCACGGAAUGUUUUUACAACCUUUUCUCCCUUUUGACUUGCCUAGCCCUGAGUCUGUCCUUUAUGUCCUUGAUAUUGGCAAGCAGUCCCCAAAGAUACUAGUUGUGGAUUGGGUGUAAUUCGGACAAGUCUUUGUUCCCAAGGGCAUCGUCCUAUGACCAGCAGAGCUGGUCUGUCCUUGUUGAGGAGUCAUUUGGUGAGAGCGCACCUGGUCCAUGGCCCAGUCAUGAAAAAGUAGUUAUUUGUUUCAUUGUUUUUGAGAGUUUGAGCCAAGGAUGUGGGAUUUCACCCUUAAGAAAUUCAGGUUUGUGACACUUCCAGGUCCAUUGCAAGUCUUGCCCGUUUUUGUGCCACCUUUCUCCUGUACAUGGUCACAUGUGGGUCUUGGCCUGUCCAAUAUGAAAUGCUCACUUACUGUGUUUUCAUAUGUGCCUGUGUGUCAUUGGGGGCUGGCACUGGUCACAUACAAGGUUUUUAAGCCACCCAACUCCUCUACCCACUAGGGAUGGUCUUUCCCUUAGGGAUAUCAUUUGCAAAGACUGAAAUGUGAAUAAUUAUGAACAUAUGUAAUUAUAUAUUUAUUAUGCUUAUCCCACCUAAAUCUGCACUGCAUUUGACUGCUGUCCCCAGCUUCCCCAUUUGCCCAGCCCACAUCCUCCUGUUGCUGGUUCUUAACCAGGUACCCCAAGAUGCGACCCUUCACAAGAUGGGUCUCCCGACUACUUGGGAAGUGAACUUUCUGGUAGUUCAGAAACACUAGACAGUGAAGAAUCAAAUGAGGAGCUGAGUGUGGAGCUGGCAGUCAUCAUCAUUGCAGCCAAUGGCUGUGAUUCCUAAUUGCAGAAGCAGCUAGUGCAAUGAUGUAAGGACACUAUUGCCACCCCCUUCCUUUACAUUGGCAUGACAUGAAAGGCUCCUGGUCUCCACCAGAGGUCACACAGGAGUCAGGUUUUGUCUAAAACUUUCCUCUUGAACUGCUGUAUUCUUCCGUCGCAGUGGGGCUCUGGAUUAUUCUUCCUGGUGGAGUCAGUACUGGAAAAGCUUAGUGCCCUCCAAGAGUCUAGGCUUAGAGACAACCUCUCACAUACUCUGCAAAUAUGCAUUCAGGUAGCCUGAGAUGUAGCUCAAUCUCUUGUGGAUCCUGCAGGUGCUGCAACUGGGGCUGAAGAGUCUAGUGUAGCUGUGAUCAUCCUCCACUGAGGAAGGGAUUGGUGAUUUCGUACUGAAUGCUUAUUUUGAGAAUGGAUUGGGGGUGCUUUCUGGUCAGGUCUUGUUGAGUGGCUUCCCUGGAAGGAAACAGGCCACCUCCUUGUCAAAUAGUCUGCUCCAUCAUCUUCUGUUCCCCUGCUGAGUGGAAAGAAUAGGGCCUGAAAUUGCCCUGGAUACUAAACAAAGCACCCCAUGCUAGCCUCCCUCUCAUUGUAUGUCAGCAUGGUGAGUAUGGUUAUUUGGUGACUUCCUCACCAUGGCUUGGACCUCCUUGGAUGAGGGGGCUGUUUUAGUUCAUGUCUCUGGGAAGAGUCCUCUAUUAGGGGGUCAGCACAAAGAUGGUUGGAGCUUCUUUGCUCAUCCCCUCUUUUCAUUCUCUUGUUUCUCCUCCACAUUCCUGCUCCACAGGUUCUGAUGUGGUGAUUGAGCUUUUGGGUCUGGCCCAAUUGCUUGCUUUGAGAGUGAGGGAGGCUGCCCCAUUUCCUAGAAAAGGAAGGUCACCCUUCUAACCUCGUCUCUAGACCAGGGUAGCUGUUUCUUCCAAUUCUUUAGUUUGACAUCCCAGUUGCAUUGAAAGGUUCUUUGGUCCUAAUCUUUCUUGCCUAUGUGGAACCAGGAAGGCUGAUCUUCCCUCAACACUUUUGUUUCCUUGCUUUCGCAAUCUUCAUCGUGACUGUCAGUAGCUGCUCUUGUAAAGCAUCAACACACCCAGCCUAGGUACCCUGGGAUGGGUAACCUUUAAGAGCCUUCAGUCUACCUAGCCUGUCUAUACAUUGGGCAGAGCUUGGAAAAAGUGGAAGUGUUGUGUGCUUGGUGGUGUAAUGGUUGUUAACAAGUUGUCCUGCCCAGGAUUUCUGGUGUGCUUCCCAUGGAGAAUGUCCCUUUCCAUUGUUACAGUUUUGUAUGGAUGCCACUCACUGCUCAUGUGGUGAUCAUUUCUGAUUCCUAUUCUGUGGUUAUCUAUUUAUCUUUGAAGUUUUCACUUCCCUUAUUUGGUUGCCCUUUCUACUGCAGAGGCUCAAGAAAGCCUAGACCUGGUGACCAGGGUAAGGGAACAAUUUAGAUCCAGUUCAGUUUUGGUUGAUUCUGCUUUGUUUGAAUGCUGUCACAAUCUUCACUGACACUUACCUGGGAUCAUGUAUUUUGCAAUGGUGUUUAAGCACCAUUGGCAGCUUUAUCUUGUAUUUUGGACAUCUUGUAAAAGUCAGAGGUAUAAAAUAAAUUAGCUGUUGGUAUCUUUUGGUAGCUAAGUGAAAAUGAAAUAGUUCCUCCAGUCUUGGAGUUGCUGCAAACCUGUUUAAACCUUUCCUAAAUUAUCUGUAAUUUUUGAAUGGCAUCCAGUCAGUCUCAUGACUUGGUGCAGAAUCCUUUUCCUGACCUAGCUGGUCUGCAUCUGGAUUCUUGUAGGGACUUAGAACUAUUGAGGAAUCUACCUCUUAGAUUCUGAAUGGAAAUUGAUAUUACUUUGGUUUUAGCAGUACCUAUAGCAAUCUAAUCAGUUGGUCAUUUGCAGGUAUUCUGGUUUUGGACAUAUGUUUACCUGGGCCUUAGUUUUUCAUCAGAAUUCCUAGAUAGUAUUCUGCUUCUGUUAAAGGGAAUGUCUGGGCCUAGUUUUACCAUCUCUUUGGAUAAGGAAAAGGUGUUCCUUUUUCAAACCCCUGUAUGAUUGUGCCUUGGCUUUUAUUCAAAAAACUGUGGGCAAUGUUCUGUCAGAUGUAGUUCCCUUCUGAAUGCUGCUUUUCCUUAGUCUGUGAGGAACCCUUGACAUUCAUGCUUGGCAGGCCUGCCUGUCUACUGUGAGGCUUCUGUAAGCCCAGUGCUGGUGUUCAUCCUUGAACUACACUCCCUUUCUAGUAGCUGUGCCUUUACCAAGGGCAUCACAGCACUUUAUAUGCAUUCUUAACAUAUUUAAUGUUCAAGAGGAUCUUCCUUAAUUGAUCUGAAGGUGGUCUCCACCUCCAUUAGGUCCAAAUUCUGCCUGUUGAUCCCACGUCUGAGAAGGUAGAAUAGAUUGGUCCUUGAGCUAUCCCUUUCUUCUACUUAUUUCUUCAUUGAGCAGAAAGUGAAGAGAUGGGGAGGUGCUUCACCCUCAGGAGGAGGAGUGCAACAUUCUUGGAAUUUCACCGAGCUGGCUUUGCUGGGGUAUUAGAUAGCUAGUCAUUAGUUUUUCCUUCAUGUAAGUAAGGUUUAUACUUGCUAAUUUCACAACUUACUAAGUUUGCAACUUUGUCCUGUAUGUGACUAGGUGGUGCUACCUGCUUGCAGUCCCAGGCCUGUUCUUCAUUAUCAUCACCCACUCAAGUACACAAGUUAUUUCAAAAGUUUUCAUACUAGCCCUAAUCCAUUUAGUGUACAUCUUACAGCACCACACUUUCCUUUAGGGUUUUCACUAAAAUGAUUCACAUACCGCUAAUUUUCUUCCAAAAUGUGGUCAUCUUACGGUAGACAACUAUUCAUGUAUUACGUAUUGCACCUAUUUUAUUACACACUUUUCCUAGCACUGCAGACUUUGGUAGGAAUAUUAUGUUCAAUUUUGCUUUUGUUACCUUUGGUUUUGUUGCAACUGGCAUUAAUUAUUGGUUUAUUCUCUGAUUGCUUGCUUGAUUGAUUGUGCUGCAUUCUGUGUCAAUGCUUGUGUUGAAGCUUGCUGCAUACUACAGAAAAUGCCUCUCACACUACAUAUCUUCUCAUUGCUUCAUAAGUAUGUGGGAAGGACCACAGGACACGUAAUCAGGAAGUAUUGAGAGAGUUCACUUUACAGAAAAUAGAAACACUGUUUUUAAAAUUUAGUAACUACAGUCCAACUAAAGCAAACAUGAAUACAUUUUUAAUGAGAACACCCAUUUCAUAUGUUAAGAGCAUAAUUUAUAGCAAGAGAAAAUGGUAACAGGUGUCUUUGCAAAUGAUUUUUAAGGGCAAUUUGAGCAUUGCCAGAUCACAUGCCCAUACAUUUUUCGGUUGUGAGAGGAAAGUGAAGUCUUUGGCAAAAAUCCAGGCAUACACAACAGAGGGAGAACAUGCAGAACCAACAAUGACACCUCAACUGGGGGCCAAACCAGAAAACAUAAGUGAUGUGCGGUAUCUGUGCUAACAAGUGUACCUCUAUAUCACCUGCGUAUGUACAUUUAUAUAUAUAUAUGAUACUGAUAAAUGGCUGUGAUAAAUAUUUGACACAGAGUAGACUUAUUUUGAUAUAUAUGAAAAGUUAAGCAUGUCAUCAAACAUUUAUCAUGACAUCUUUUAUUGAAAUAAUUAUUCAGCAGUCAUAGGCAUAUUUGGUAAUCCUUGAUCCGUAUCCCAUUUUUAUAUUUUAAAAGAAUGGUCCUAAAAGAAAUGGCAUCAAUUCAUAAUCUUGUGUGACGCAAAUAGCAAGGUUGUCUCCUUUAUGUGCAAAUGUACUAGUCAACCUGUCAUAGUGAUGCAGUUCUUGUUGCUGCUCAAAUAAAUAAAGCCUUAAUGUGGGAACCAAAUGUAGCAGUGCCAAAAAAAUGGAAGAAGUAAAUUAAACAUGUUUUACUGAUUAACAUACUUUCAGUAUGUAUAUAAGUACACCAGAAGCAUUAAAUAUUUUUUUUACAAAUUUUAUAACAGUGUUUUGAGGGAAUAAGUGAAAAGCUUCACAGGGAGUCAUUCGGCAUGGCGUCAGUCAUUUGCUAGCUUAGCCUGUUAAUAAGAAAAGUCCUAUUUAGCACUUGCACUAUCCCAGUAUUCCUACUGCAUUUUAAAACUGUAAAUGAUAUAUCCAACUAAUACCACCUAAUGUUUGAGAAUUAUAUGUCUCCUAGUCAAGCAUUGUCAUCAUUAAAAAAACAUCCUAUGACAACAGUGAUUGUGAAGUAUAUGUCUCCUAGCAAGCUUUGAAGUCAUUAUAAACCAACCUGUGACAAUAGUAAUUAUGAACUAUAUGUCUUCUAAUCAAGCAUUGUCAUCAU